AAAAGAAUAAACUAUAUGCUUGAACUAUACUUAAAUGAUUUUAUAAUUAUAUAUAUUAAUAAUAUUUUAAUCUUCUUAAAUAUCUUUAAAGAAUAUAAAAAAUAUAUUUAUUUUAUACUGCAAAAGCUUAAAGAAAAUAAACUCUUUAUUAACUUUAAAAAAUAUAUAUUUUAUUUUUAA